AUGGAUGGCUCUCCAUGGGACCAGGUCAAGGCCGGGGAUCUGAGUGCCUUGCAGGUCGCGCUGUUCUCCAGCUCGACCUCGCGCAGGCUCCGGGCCCUGCAAGAAAUUCGCGACAGCAAUGGUUCCCAAUUGUCGUCGGAGUCCCAGCAUGAGAUUCUAGAGCUGCUCUUCCAAACCUACCCUCUCUACGUCGACCGACCCUCUCGACAGGCCGUUCAACAAUGCCUUCAAUCUCUCCUCCGAACGCCAAACAAAACCGAAGACCUAAAAUUCCUCACACGGACAUUACAAGCAGAGGCUGUCAAGCCUGGUCUGGCGGCUUCCUCGGCGUUUGUCCUGCUGGAAUGGGGUUGCAUUCUCCUACAACAGGCCACCGAGAUCCCAGAGGCGCCGUUGGCCAUUGUCCUCGACCUGAUUGCGGUGGAGGCCAAGGCUCUGGAGAAUUGUCUGGCACACACUCCCAAGCCGGCAAUGAAAGUAUCGGCGCUUCGGGUCACGCGACGUGCUCUACGUGGUGUUUUCUCGUCCGACUCGUGGGGUGAGGAUGCUAUGCGGCAGUCCAUCAGUCGGUUGACUGCGGACUCAACAGCAGGAUACAAAAAUGCACCUCUGCUGGGUGUCAUCUGUGGGGUUUGUGCACGGCUGCCGGCCAGGAAACCAGUUGUGGAGGAAUCCAAAAAGACCAUUCUGGCGUUCUACGUCAAGGAGAUCCUGAACUCGAAAUCCGUGGUUCCCGCACACGUCGCUAAUGGAUUGCCGGACUUCUUUGAAUCAUUCGUUACAUCCAAGGACGUGGCAACGGAAUUGGUACCCCCCAUGGAAAAGUGCAUGCUAAGAGCGCCGGAGGUCGUAUUGACAGGCGUGAUCCCGCCCGUCUGUGCCUCACUGCCGAAAGAGGUGGACCUUGCGGAGAUUUUGCAUUCUCAUCUCUUGAAGCCUCUUUUGGCGAGCAUGAAGUCGAAUAGCCUAGCAAUCCGGCAAGGAGCCGCUGACUCGAUUGGGUCGUUACUUUCUAGGAGCAAGGACGAAUCUUUGCUCCCGAAGAUCACCAGUGAAAUCCUUGGUCCUCUAAAAACACAAAAAAUCACCAGUCCUGAGCACCGUGUUUGUUAUGCCCAAGCCCUUGCGGCUGUGCCUCCGUCUGUGGAUGUCUCGAAAGAGAUUGUCCAGGGAUUCGGACUGGUCUUUUCACGGGAGUCCAACGAAUCUGCUCUCGAGGAGGAGAUGAAGGCCUUCAGCAAGCAUCUCGCCGUUCUACUCCAAUUCACUGUCAAGGUCAGCGAUGACGUCGUUAGUGCUGUGGUGAAAGGCAUUUCCGACAAGCGAAUUCCAUUUCGAAAGAUCUGGCAACUCAGCGUGGGAGAGGUUUUUUGGAAUACCGAUGUUGUCAACUUGAAAAAUGCAGAAGUCGCGCCGCUGUUCACCAAGUUUCUCUCAAAAAUGAAGGAUUUGCAUGGCGAGGUUGCUUCCAAUCCCUUACCAUCGGCGCAAAGUGGAGCGUUGUCAUCCGCAUACAUCUUCUUGGCCCUGUUUCGGCGUGUUUCUGAUAUUGAAGGAUCAGAGAAGUCUGCCUGGAAUGAAAUGGUCUCUCAAGCAAUGACACUGAGUCCCAAGCCGUCUUUCGUAUUGAACCCCAGAGCCUACUCUAAAUUGGCAUCCCAAGCAGAGGUGGAAUGGUUUGUCCGAACUUUGGCUGCUGUCACUUCUGGGUCUAAAUUCUCGAGUGCUGAAGAUCCGGCCAAGGUUGCUUGGGCUCAGUCGUUCAUCUACGCCAUUACUUCUCCCUCGAUGCCUACCAGCUUCCGAAAUCGGGCUGUGGAAACAUUGUCUGAAGUUCACUCAAAAGAUGUGGCAUCCAUUGGGAGUGUGAUUAUCCAUGGUCUCUGGGCUUGGAUUCUUUCAUUUCGAACUGCGGAGAAGGAGUCUGCGGCUGUCUCUGCUGGUCCCGGAAGCGCACACCUGCUCCACCAAGUUCUGAAGGCUAUCUGCCCAUCGGCCAGAGACGGCUCUGAAAACGCUUCUUCUAAGCUCAAGAACCAGCUUCUCGAUAUUCUGGUCCUCAGUCGACCGGAGCUGAUUCCUAACAGCUCUUGGAUUGCUCUGUGCUUGCGCACGGGUACGGACCCUGGCAACCUUGUCCGCCUGCAUCCCACUGAAUGCAUCGAGCAAUUGGUUCGGGUUAACGCCGAUCCCAUUCAGUCAACAGUCCCACGAGUCGACCUAGCUGUCUGGAGUGCAGCUUCGGAUUUGGCAUUCGUGGCCCCUGAUGUAAUGGUUCCGCGUCUCGUUGAUCAAAUCAGAGACGAUCUAGACGCUACUCGCCUCUCCAAGUUCACUGCUGUCGACGCCGCCAUUGCCCGCACGCCUGAAGGAACUGCUUUUGUCGACGUCCUAAGCUCAAAAUCGAAACAGCCUACCUUUGACAAGAACACCAAGGACUACGAUACCCUCAAAUGGGAGGAGGAGCUCAGAGCACAGCUGGCCGAGAAGAAGGGACAGAAGCAAAAGAAACUCACUGCAGACGAACAGUCCAAGGUUAAUGCUCAACUUGCCAAGGAGACCAAGAUCCGGCAAGAAGUGUUGCAAGAAGUCAAACGGAUUGAACGAGGAGCCGGACUCAUUCGAGGCCUUGCAACGGGUCCUGCCAAUGAUGCCGAGGGUUGGAUUAAUGCUGCUGUUACUUGUCUCCUCGGCCUUGCCCGGGCUGGUGCUGGUCUUUUUGUUGGGGAUGUUGUAUCCCGAGCAUUUAUUGUUUGUGCCGAACGUCUGACACCGCGCCUGGGGACUCUUCGACCCUUCGUGGGCGUGGCAACCCUGCGCGCAAUCGGGAAUACCAACCUCCCGCCUGGUAUGGAGUCAGAGAAUCUUGGGGAGCUUGUGACAAGAAUCUUGUAUCGAUUGCGCUUUGCAUCCGAACAACGCCCACUCGACACUGCGUCUCUGGCCUAUGUCCUUCCGUUGAUCUUCCUCGUCAUUGGCCAGAAUGGUAUCGAAGAGGUCAAGGGAGAGGAAGAGGGAGAACAAGUCCUUCUUGCCAUUGAAUUCAUGUCCUUCCACUCAGGUUCCUUCACUGAUGACCGACUCCCCCGUGUUGAGGCUCUUCGGCAGCUUAUUUCGGCCAUGCAACGAUACACUCAGCACUACAAGAUGAUCAAGGAUACCUUGUUCGAUUUCUGCAGGUGCGUGUCGCCAAAUAUCACCGACGAAGAACUCGACACCCUCCUGCAAGGCACCAUCGUUUCCAAUGCGUCCGUCCGGACGACUGCGCUUCAAGUCAUCGAGGCUGAGAUUGAUUUGACCGAUCUCGACUUCUCUGAACACAUCUGGCUUGGCUGCCACGACCAUGUCGAAGAAAAUGCCGAGAUUGCUGAAGCCAUCUGGGAAGAAAACGCCCUGGAAGUCGACGAUACCUCCUUUGCUAAAAUCAUGAAAUACCUGGAUUCUUCGGAUUCCCAACUUCGAGGAUCUGCCGCUCGUGCCUUGGCCCAUGCAAUUGAAUUUGACAAGAGCAAGUUUGCCGGAAUUUUGUCGGAGUUGCAGGCAAAAUACGCAGAGAAAGUCAAGCCGAAGGCCCCGGAGAAGGACGCCUACGGGAUGCCGAAAAAGAUGGACACAACCGACCAGUGGGAGAGUCGCAGUGGUAUCGCUCUGGCUUUCAAUGCCAUGACAACCCUGUUUGAUGGCGAGCAGGUCACUUCUUUCCUGCAGUUCCUGAUUGAAAGAGGUCCUCUGGUCGACAGGAAUUCUUCCGUGCGGGCCCAGAUGGCCGAGAGUGGAAAAUCCGUCAUUGCCCUUCGAGGCCAGCAAAAGGUUGAGGAGCUGAUGAAGCUUUUGGAGACGACUUUGGAAACCUCUGACAAGGCGACCCAGAGCUCGGAUCUACUCAACGAGGCUGUUGUUGUGCUAUAUGGAUCUUUGGCAAGGCAUCUGAAGGCUGAAGAUCCUCGCUUGCAGGCCGUUAUCAAGAAGCUUCUCGCCACACUACCCACACCCUCUGAGACAGUGCAGUCUGCAGUCUCCGAAUGUCUGCCGCCGCUGAUUAGACUGUCUGGUCCGAAGACAGCAGAUUAUGUCCAAGAGAUGCUAGACGAGCUUCUUGGCGUCAAGAACUAUGCCACUCAGCGCGGCGCAGCCUAUGGUCUUGCAGGCAUUGUGAGUGGAAAGGGUAUCUCAACUCUGCGUGAGUUCCGCAUUAUGAGUCUUCUCAAAGAGGCCAUUGAAAAUAGGAAGGAGCCACAUCAGCGACAGGGUGCUCUGUUAGCAUUUGAACUUCUAGCCACAGUGCUCGGCCGGACUUUUGAGCCCUAUGUGAUCCAAAUCGUUCCACAGCUCCUCGCGGGCUUCGGUGACCCUAGCAUCGAUGUCCGAGAUGCUUGUCUGGAUGCUUCGAAGGCUUGCUUCCAGAACCUGAGCUCUUACGGUGUGAAGAGGAUUCUCCCUACGCUGCUUGACGGUUUGGAUGACACGCAGUGGCGGAGUCAGAAGGGAGCGUGCGACCUGCUUGGAGCCAUGGCCUACCUUGACCCUCAACAGCUUGCAGCCAGUCUGCCGGAUAUUAUCCCCCCUCUAACUAUCGUCCUCAACGACACUCACAAGGAGGUCCGAAAUGCAGCGAACCGCAGUCUCCAGCGCUUCGGUGAAGUUAUCAGCAACCCAGAGGUCAAGAGCUUGGUGAACGUGCUUCUAAAGGCUCUGAGCGAUCCUACCAAAUACACGGACGAGGCAUUGGACUGUCUCAUCAAGGUCUCCUUCGUCCACUAUCUCGAUGCUCCCUCACUCGCCCUUGUUGUCCGCAUUCUCGAGCGUGGUCUUAGUGACCGUUCAGCAACCAAGCGCAAAUCGGCGCAGAUUAUUGGCAGCUUAGCCCAUCUUACGGAACGCAAGGAUCUUAUCGCGCACUUGCCAAUUAUUGUGGCUGGUUUGAACCUGGCUAUCGUUGAUCCGGUUCCCACCACUCGUGCCACCGCUUCCAAAGCACUGGGCUCGCUCAUCGAGAAACUCGGAGAGGAUGCUCUGCCAGACCUUAUUCCCAACCUCAUGUCGACUCUCAAGUCGGAUACUGGCGCCGGCGAUCGACUCGGAUCUGCCCAGGCUCUUUCGGAGGUGCUCGCAGGCUUGGGUACGACCAGACUCGAGGAGACGCUACCUACCAUCCUUCAGAACGUUUCCAGCUCCAAGGCUGCUGUUCGCGAAGGCUUCAUGACCCUCUUCAUCUUCUUGCCCGCUUGCUUUGGUAACAGCUUCGCCAACUACCUCAGCAAGAUUAUUCCGCCAAUUCUGGCGGGCCUUGCGGAUGACAUUGAGUCGAUUCGUGAGACUGCCCUGCGGGCCGGUCGUCUACUGGUCAAGAAUUUUGCUACCAAGGCUAUUGACCUCCUGCUUCCCGAAUUGGAGCGCGGUCUUGCGGAUGACAGCUACCGUAUCCGUCUGAGUUCCGUCGAGCUGGUUGGCGAUCUCCUGUUCAGUCUUACCGGUAUCACAGCCAAGACGGAUGCAGAGGAGGAAGAAGAGGAAGCCCAACAGGCUGGCCAGUCUCUGCUCGAGGUUCUCGGCGAAGAGCGCAGGAACAAGGUUCUUUCGGCCUUGUUCAUCUGCCGCUGCGAUACGUCGGGUAUGGUCAGGAGUGCGGCAAUGGGUGUCUGGAAGGCGCUCGUUGCCUCUCCGAGAACACUCAAGGAGAUGGUACCCACGCUUUCCCAGCUUGUCAUUCGUCGUCUGGGAUCGUCGAAUAUGGAGCAGAAGGUUAUUGCCAGCAACGCCCUUGGAGAUCUCAUCAAGAAGGCUGGAGAGUCGGUCCUUUCUACGCUGUUGCCAUUGCUUGAGGAGGGUCUCCAGUCCUCUCCUGACGUGGAUGUCAAACAGGGUAUCUGUAUUGCCCUGAGAGAGCUAAUCACCUCCGCGUCUCCUGAUGCUCUAGAAGAUUACGAGAAGAUUCUUAUCUCUACUGUGCGCGUGGCCCUGGUUGAUACCGACGAGGAUGUUCGUGAAGCAGCUGCCGAAGCCUUCGACGCCCUGCAACAGAUCCUUGGCAAGAGGGCUGUGGACCAGGUGUUACCUCACCUUCUCCAUCUGCUGCGGAACGACGAGGAUGCCGAACAGGCCCUGUCUGCCCUGCUCACACUCCUCACGGAACAAACUCGUGCCAACAUCAUUCUUCCCAACCUUAUCCCCACACUGCUUACGCCACCUAUUUCGGCUUUCAAUGCCAGGGCCCUCGCAUCCCUGGCCGAGGUGGCCGGCGGUGCUAUGACGAGAAGAUUGUCAACGAUCCUCAACUCUCUUAUGGAUGGCAUCAUCUCCACAACCGACGAGGAUCUUCGCUCGGAACUCAACAACGCCUUCGAUACCGUCCUUGUGUCCGUGGAUGAGUACGAUGGCCUGAAUGUCGCCAUGAACGUGAUGAUCACCCUUCUGAAGCACGAUGAUCACCACCGUCGCGCUCAAGCAGCCCUCCACCUCGCCAAGUUCUUCUCGGACGCCAACAUCGACUUUUCGCGGUACCAUCCAGACCUGAUUCGCGUCCUAUUGAUUUCCUUCGCCGACUAUGACAAGGACGUUGUCAAGGCAGCAUGGACCGCUCUGCGCGAGUUGACCUCUCACAUGCGCAAGGAAGAGAUGGAAGUCCUAGCCAUUCCCACACGACAAAUGCUGCGGCAGGUCGGCGUGCCUGGUUCGGAUCUGCCAGGCUUCAGCCUACCCAAGGGCAUCAUGGCCGUUCUUCCCAUCUUCUUGCAAGGUCUUCUCAACGGCAAUGCCGAGCAGCGUACCCAGUCCGCUCUUGCAAUUGCCGACAUCAUCGACCGCACUGGCUCGGAUUCGUUGAAGCCUUUCGUCACUCAGAUCACGGGUCCGCUGAUUCGUGUGGUGUCGGAGCGAUCAGUCGACAUCAAGUGUGCCAUCUUCUUCACACUCAACAAGCUGCUGGAGAAGAUUCCGUUAGCCGUCAAGCCCUUCCUGCCUCAGCUCCAGCGUACUUUCGCUCGUGGUCUGGCCGAUUCAUCGAGCGAGACGCUGCGCAACCGCGCUGCCAAUGGUCUUGGGAUUCUGAUCACGCUCACGCCCAGAGUGGAUCCUCUCAUUGCUGAACUUAUCGCUGGAUCCAAGACAACAGACUUCGGCGUGAAGAAUGCCAUGAUGAAGGCGCUUCAGGAAGUUGUUGGCAAGGCCGGCGCCAACAUGAGCGAAGCAUCCAGAAAUUCCAUUCUCGCUCUUAUUGACGAUGACUCUAGUGAUCAGACUGAUGCUGUCGCCAUUACCAAUGCCCGGCUACUUGGAGCGCUCGUUAAGGUCCUGCCAGCCGCCUCUGCGGUUCCAUUGAUCAAGAACCGUGCUCUUCCUGGGGUCUUUACUCAUGCCUCCAUACUUGCGCUUAAUGCUCUCCUGGCCGAAUCUCCUGCCACUCUGAUGGAGCACUUUGCCUCUGAGACGCCCUCAGUCAUCUGUCAAGGCAUCGCACACAAAGAUCCCUUCGUGUCCGAUAACAGCGUUCUCGCUGCCGGAAAGUUCCUGCUGUCCAGUGAGGGCAGCCACAGCUUCGAGACCAACAAGGCCAUCUUCGAAGCGCUGGCACCAGCCAUCCAGCCAGGCAGUCCGGUUGAUACCCGACGGUUGACCCUGGUCGUCCUCAGGACCGUCAGCCGCCUGCACCCGGAGAUGGCCCGUCCUCAUCUGGCUCUCCUUGCGCCACCCAUCUUCGCCAGCGUCCGUGACCUCGUCAUUCCUGUCAAACUGGCCGCGGAGGCAGCCUUCCUCUCUAUCUUCUCCGUGGUCGAGUCUGACAGCGAGGUGUUCGACAAGUACAUGGCCGGACCGGGCGCUUCGCUCCCGCCUGGCCCGAAACGCAGCAUGUCUGACUACUUCAAGCGCGUUGCUAUCCGUCUUGCGACGCAGGCUCGGGAGCGUCGUGAGGCUGAAGGUGGCGGGGGUGGAUUGGGACUGUCGAAUGAUGAAGUAGAUGAUGAGAAGGAGGUGUGGAGUAUUGGCAAGGUGGACUUGGGAGAAGAUGCAUUUGCGGAUGAGUGA